AGACAUUAGCGGCGGCAUAGAUUUACAGUUCGUUUAUUUUUUUGUGUUUUGUAUUUACCGGGUCACUGUAUCGACUCAAUAUUACAAUAUUAACGGUAGCACUAGUAUUUUAACAAUAGAUUCUGGUUUUUAGUUUGUUAGACUAGCAUACUCUUCUUUACUACACAAACAAUUUUUGGAAAAUGUUUAAGGUACUCAGAUGCUCGGCCAAAUUAGGUUCCAAAUUAAGUUGGCCAGUGCAACAUCUAUGUAGCCGAAAUAUAGCUUGCCUAGCUGCUUUGCCCGAAACCCAUCAAAUGUUACAAAAGACAUGCCGUGACUUUGCCAAUGCAGAAUUGGUGCCCAAUGCUGCCAAAUUUGAUAGGGAACAUUUGUAUCCGGGAGAACAGAUUAAAAAAAUGGGUGAAUUGGGAUUGAUGGCUGUAUCUGUACCAGAGGAAUUGGGUGGAACCGGGCUAGAUUAUUUAGCCUAUGCCAUAGCUAUGGAGGAAAUCUCUCGUGGUUGUGCUUCUGCCGGCGUUAUAAUGUCUGUCAAUAAUUCCUUAUACCUGGGGCCUAUACUUGGCUUUGGCAAUGAUAAACAAAAAAGCGAAUAUAUAACGCCCUAUACAACUGGCGAUAUGGUUGGCUGUUUUGCCCUUUCCGAGCCUGGUAAUGGAUCAGAUGCCGGGGCCGCAUCCACAAAUGCUGUAGAGAAGGGUGAUCAUUAUGUCUUAAAUGGCACGAAGAUGUGGAUAACCAAUGGAUAUGAGGCCAAAGCAGCUGUUGUAUUUGCCACCACCGAUAAGUCACUCAAACACAAAGGCAUUUCCGCUUUUAUUGUGCCCAAAGAUACCCAAGGAUUUUCCCUAGGCAAAAAGGAAGACAAAUUGGGCAUUAGAGGUUCCUCCACAUGCCAAUUGAUCUUUGAAGAUUGCAUCAUACCCAAAGAAAAUAUUUUGGGAAAACCAGGUUAUGGCUUCAAAAUUGCCAUGAAAACAUUGGAUUCCGGCCGCAUUGGUAUAGCAGGUCAGGCCUUGGGCAUAGCUCAAGCCUCACUGGAACUGGCUGUUGAUUAUUCGCAAAAGAGAAUGGCAUUUGGUAAGCCCAUAUCCAAAUUACAGGCUAUACAGGAAAAAAUUGCUGAUAUGGCAGUUAAAUUGGAGUCGGCACGUCUACUGACAUGGCGUGCAGCGUGGUUGAAGGAUAACGACAAGCCUUAUACAAAAGAGGCGGCAAUGGCCAAAUUAGCCGCUUCGGAAGCUGCCACCUGGUGCAGUCAUCAAUGCAUUCAAGUUUUGGGUGGUAUGGGCUACGUUAGUGAUAUGCCCGCCGAACGUUAUUAUCGAGAUGCUCGCAUUACUGAAAUUUAUGAAGGUACUUCAGAAAUUCAACGCUUGGUAACAGCUGGUGCUGUAUUGAAGGAAUAUGCUGCUUAAAUACACGGCUCUAGAGUAGUUAAUCAUUUUGUGAUUAUUUUUUAGGACAAAUGUUGCAUUUUUUUAUCAUUUUAUUUGUAAAAAAAUAUUUGAGUUUUUAAUGUUAUGACAAAUUUUUCUUCGUGUGAAAGAUUGCCAUAAAGUCCUACAUAUCAAAACAUAAGUCAAUUAUUAUACUAGCUUAUUGUUAUAAAACAU